AUGACCCACCAACGCGCCUCGGCUGCGUGCGACGCAUGUCGAGCGAGGAAAGUCAAAUGUCAUCUCACGACAAGCGAAACGAAAUGCUCCGCCUGCAUCGAGCUCAACAUCGAUUGCACGAGCGUACACCCCAGGAAGAAGAGGGGCCCGAAGAACCGAUACGUCCAAGCCUUACGAGCGGAGCUGGACGGAAAAAGCGAACAAAAGUCUUAUGGUCUUGAGAUCAUAGCACCGUUUCCCACCGUACAACAACUCAUUGCCGACUGGUUUGGGUGGAUCCAUCCAGUGGCUCCGAUACUCCAUCCCGACCGCUUCUUGGAACAGGUCGCGGAGACUCACGACUCAGCCAGCGAAGUCUCGCCAUCUUUUCUCCUCCUAGUAACCUCGCUAUGUGCCGCCACAUUUGCCAGUUUGCGAAGACGGCGCCAUCUCUACGCGCCCGUGACGGUGGAUAGUUGCCUGGAUCUGGCCGAACGCCUGGGUCUGUGGCAACCCAGCAACACCAUCACAUUAGAGAGGAGCCUUACUAUAUACAACUUCUCAAGCGCUGCACACCACGAGCGUGGCAUUGACUCUGCGCUCUCUCACCGACUUUUUGCUGAAGCAGCCAUGAGUGUCACAUACUUAACGUAUCAGAAAAGCACUGAAAUGUCGUUCAUGGAGCAGCAGAUCCUCAAACGUCUUUAUUGGCUAGUGUACGCAGGACAGUGCACGUGCGACAUGCAUGGUCGACGGCUUCUUGUCUUGCGCCAUGCGCACGAAGAAGUGGGUUCGUUGCUUCCAUUAGAAAUUUCGGAUGAGCAGUUGGUCCACUGGUGCGAUGCGGAUCACAUUGAUGAUGCAUGUAGGUCCCAGUCGUUCGUUCCCGGGUUGAACGUACUUUCGAAGCUCUUCCUCGUAUGGCAAUCUAGCCAGGCAAUUCCAGCACAGACAAUGGCAAAUCUGCAGGAGCACAUUAGUCGCGCUAACUCAGCGUUGGCUGAUUUGCCACCAAAACUUAGUUGGACAGGCGAAACAGCACAGAGUGGCGAUUUCGGCUUUGACGUGCAGAAAGUAAACCUCAAGGUUACGCAAUUACACAUCCGCGCAAACCUCCUCGAGCAAAUGAACACACUAGCAAAAGCACAAAGUCUCCUUAUCACGCCGAAUGCUAUCAUUGAGGAGAGACACCGUGUGGUGGAUGAACUCUUGGACAUUCUAUAUCAUAUGCCUACAGAGGUUUUCGAUGCAAACGGCUAUAGCAUUGUGCCUAAGAUACGAGACAUCGGUGGUGCACUACUCGACGAGCUUCGAACUGGAUCGCAUGGGCGCACUCUACAAGCCAGUAUGAAUUUGGAUAGACUACUGGCAAAAUUGGAAAACUUGGAUCUGCGACCCAUGGCCCAGACACCAUAUAUCUAA